AUGACUGGGCGGCCGAAGUCUCAGAGACUGGUCGAAUCCCAUAACAGAGAAGGAAAACCCGCUAUUGAAUCAACAACGUCACGAAUAGUUCCCGAAAGAACUUUGAGAUCAUCGCUUGUAAAUAUUUCAGUGGAUUCAACCGACAAUAAUAGCGAUUCACUAAAGAAGAUUGAUAAGUCUUUGGUUUCUACUUUCAAAGAUGAAACAUCAAAGCGCCGCGAUGAUUAUAUGUUUAAUUUUGAUAAAAGAUUGAUAUUUGACAACCUUUCGCAUCUUGAAUUGUUGAAUGAGCUGAAAAUUGCAAUAUCAGAUGAUGAUGAGUACAAACAUGGCGGUAAAACAGAAUUGUUUAACUUUGCUAAAUAUUCCAUUAAUAUCACUGGUGGGCCGUCCGGAAUCAAUAAUAGCCAAUCCCAGGAUAUUGAUUAUCAACUAUUAUCGGAGAAGAAAAAUCUAAAAAUAACCAAUUAUCAUGAAUCAGAUACCACACAAACUGUUACCACAAAAAGAGGUACCACAAUUGUCAAACCUCAUAAAAUCAAGCUACGAAGAAAAUUGAAAAAAAUCCCAAGUGACAAUAAUCUGAGAAGCAGUAUCCUUAAAGAUUCUGUUGAUGCUAAUGAUCCAUUGAAUGAUAAUGUAUAUUCGAGAUACCAUAAGUCGAAAGUUAGAACAGAAAAGAGUUUUGCAAUUAUUGAUAAAACCAAAUUUUUAGAUGAUGUCAAUAGUCUCAGAGUGAAUUUGAGAAGAUUGAUUGAUUUAUUGAAUGUUGACUCCAAGGCGCUUAUGAAUUCUUAUGUUUGCAAACUAAUAGAAUUUUUACAGAAUCCGUGCUCAUCAACUACUUUGAAUAAUGUCGAAUUCUCCAGCAACUCAUCGUUCAUCAUAUCUUAUAUCAACCUUUACUACUUCAAGCUUCAUGAUGGCGAAUCACCAAAUUAUUCCAAACUUCCACAUCUUUUAGACAAUUUCUUUGAUCCUGAAGAUAUUUCAAGUAAAAAAACUAACGAAGUCACAGAAAAGAAUCAAUAUAACAGCUUAAGAUACUUGCUACAGAAAAACCCAACAUAUAGGGAAGAUUUCAAAAAUUUACUUUUGAGUGACAAAGGUUACAAAGAACAAUUAGAAUCAGGAAAUAUGAGAAGUAAUUCUGGUUUGAAUUUUAAACUUGACGAUUAUUCAUUGAAUGAUGAGGAAAAAGAACGUCUCCAAGGGAGAAGCACGGCCAUUUUCAACAGCUACACUAAUUUUGAAAAACUUUUGGUGAACACUAAUAAUGGAACAACUUCUAAUAGCGUCAAGGGUAAUUUGACUCUUUCUAUGGACAGAAUUCUUGAUGAAAUUGACUUAACUACCACAUCCUAUCCAAUUCAGCUAACGACGAAGGAUAAAUUAAUAAUCCGGUUUUUACAAGAACUGACAUUUAUUAAUCCAGGUGUAAUGUCGAGUUUGGAAAAAAUCACAACUAAUAAUGACCCUAAUUCUACUAGAAAUGAUGAUCUUUUGGGAGAAAACAUUUCAAGGUUUCAAGAAUUUGGUCGGAUUCUUGAAUAUUUAUCGAAAAUUACUCUCUUGACCUUAUAUGAAACUUAUAAGCCUCUAAAAUUUUUCGAAGGUUAUUGGAGCAACAAGAACGAAUACCUAUCAUUUAUUAGAGCUAGAGAACAUCAAGAGCUAAUAAAAGCGAAAGAUUCGAGUACCUCCGAUAAUAGCGCUGCUAAUUCACGGAGAAAGAAAUCUCAUUCAAAAUCUCAUUUAUUGCACAAUAAGUUUGAAAACUUUGAUUAUUUGGACAUUUGUAUUUCUGAUCCCGAAGAUGAAUAUGAAUACUCUGAUCCUGAUGAUAGUCUAACUGUUGAAGAAUUGAAAUUGAAGCACCGGAAGCAAUCCCAAAAGAAAUAUAUUAAACAUUAUGAUAUGAUGCAUGAAGAAGAUACUGAGUGCCAAGGAGAUUUUAAUAUUACAACAUCUCCUAACACAAAGAAAUUUAUUUUCAAUACGAGUGCCAAUACAAAAGUUGUGUUCGAUCCAAAAUUUGGGGCAAAAUUUUUCAAUACCGAAGAGUCAAACAAGUACAAGAAAAAGUCAUUAUCAACAAGUCCUAUAUUAACAGAUACUCAAACAACUUUUGAUGAUAAUGAUGUAUAUCAUCACGGAAAAAAUGUUCUUGGCGAACAAAAAAUAGUAAUUCCAAGUUCCUACGUUGACACUGACGCCCCAUUAUUUGAGCUGAAUUAUGUUGAUGAAUUGAAAGAACGCAAAAUUAUUAGCAGGUCAUUCAAGAGCUUUUUUAAGUCAACUAAAGGUAAAAGAAUGUAUUAUAAACCAUAUGAUGAAAUUCAUGAAACAAAGAUAAAUAUUUCACAAGAGGAAGAAAAAAAUAGCGAUUCAAUUAAUAAGCGGCUAAGGAAGGGAAAACCAAAAAUAAAUUAUAAUGAUAUUACUCAAAGAAAAUUAUUGGCAGCUGGUGAAGAUGGUGAUAAUUAUUUGGCCUUUGGAUUGCCCUUGCCUGUUUCAAUAAAGAAAACCAAAGAAUUUGAGUUGCCCGUUGAUUUUUUUCAAACAUAG